AUGCAGAUUUUUGUCAAGACCCUCACUGGCAAGACCAUCACCCUCGAGGUCGAGUCCUCGGACACCAUCGACAACGUUAAGGCGAAAAUCCAGGACAAGGAGGGUAUCCCUCCUGACCAGCAGAGACUUAUUUUUGCGGGAAAGCAGCUCGAGGACGGGCGCACCCUAUCUGAUUACAACAUUCAGAAGGAGUCGACUCUGCACCUUGUCCUCCGCCUCCGUGGUGGUAUGCAGAUCUUUGUCAAGACCUUGACAGGCAAGACCAUUACGCUCGAAGUCGAGUCCUCGGACACCAUCGACAAUGUCAAGGCCAAGAUUCAGGACAAGGAAGGCAUUCCACCUGAUCAGCAGCGUCUCAUCUUUGCUGGCAAGCAGCUUGAAGACGGCCGUACCCUUUCGGAUUACAACAUCCAGAAGGAGUCGACGCUUCACUUGGUGCUCCGUCUCCGUGGGGGUGCCAAGAAGCGCUGUCAGAACGGCGCGGGCACCGAAAGCCAGUGCAAGGAUGCCGCCAUCAACCUCGUCGGCGAAUGCCCGCAUUGCAGCUUGAAGUUCUGCGGCAAGCACCGCUUGCCCGAACAGCACAAGUGCGCACAGGUGGAGCAGGUCCGCAACGCUGCCUUUGCGGCUAACAAGGCAAAGCUGGAGAGCGAACGUACCCAGGCUACUCGUGGUCUCGCCCACUAA